GCUGAUCAAAUCCAGACCGAGCUGCCAGCUGAUUUGCGUAUACGCCGGCGUGUGUAUUUAUAUGUCGUCUCUCAUGUAGCCAUCAAGGCAUCAAUUCUCUCGCCUUCGCCUCCGACUAACCAUGGCUGCCAAUCUCAAGCUCAGUACCUUCUUCCUCCUCCUCCUCGUCGCCUCCUCCCUCCCUCUGCUCGCCCUCGCCGGCGACUGCGAAUGCGAGGCCAGCAGCGAGGCGGAUGACGGCGGCGACGACAAGGCGAGCGCGCUGAACCUGAAGAUCAUCGCCGUGUUCAGCAUCCUCGUGGCCGGCGCCGCGGGCUGCGCGAUCCCGUCGCUGGGUCGGAGGUUCCCGGCGCUCGGCCCGGACACGAACCUCUUCUUCGCCGUGAAGGCCUUCGCGGCGGGCGUCAUCCUCGCCACUGCCUUCGUGCACAUCCUCCCGGAGGCCUUCGACAGGCUCGGCUCGCCGUGCCUGGAGGGCCACGGGCCGUGGCGGAAGUUCCCCUUCGCGGGGCUCGUCGCCAUGCUCGCCGCCAUCGCCACCCUCGUCGUCGACACCGUCGCCACGGGCUACUUCCAGCGCGCGCACGGCGCCAAGAAACUUGCCCCCGCCGUCGACGGAGACGACGUGGAGGGCUCGGGGUCGGCCGCUGAUCAUCGCUCCCACGUGCACGGGCACGGCGCGUCGUCGGCGGCUGUCAUCGCGUCGUCGUCGUCGGCGGCUUCCCACUCCCACGUCGACGGCGCGGAGCUCAUCCGCCACCGCAUCAUCUCGCAGGUGCUGGAGCUGGGGAUUGUUGUGCACUCGGUGAUCAUCGGGAUGUCUUUAGGCGCAUCUCAGAACGCGGACACGAUCAGACCACUCGUAAUUGCGCUAACUUUCCAUCAAUUCUUCGAAGGGAUAGGGCUCGGAGGAUGCAUUGUUCAGGCAAAGUUCCGCCUGAGAUCUGUCCUGGCGAUGGCGCUCUUCUUCUCGCUCACCACGCCAGUUGGUGUGGUGAUCGGCAUCGGGAUAUCCUCCGGUUACAAUGAGACCAGCCCCAGGGCCCUGGUCGUCCAAGGGCUCCUCAGCGCCGCCGCCGCCGGGAUUCUCAACUACAUGGCCCUCGUCGACCUCCUUGCUGAAGACUUCAUGAACCCUAGGGUGCAGAACAACGGAAGGCUGCAGGUCGUCGUGAACAUCUCCUUGCUGCUUGGCACGGCUCUCAUGUCCAUGCUUGCUAUAUGGGCAUGAGAAAUCGUCAUCAAGUGGAAAAGAAAUCGUUUUGAACGUUUUUUUUUCCUGUUCUUGUCAUCAUUUUUUGGCAUUACUUACGUGAGGAUUUCUCUUGUUUUUUUCUUCCUUGUAAAAAUGCAUAAUACUCCGUAUAAAGAUUACACUGCAACUGCACACAGUAAAAAAAUGUUUAUUUGUUCAGUAUUAGAACGAGUAAAACAGUACUUCUGCCGAAACCAUUUCACAAGCACGAAUAUACAGUGAUGCGAAUGCGCUAUGCGUGAGCUGUGCUUGAUCUGUGUUGUACUCUGAUUGAAGACUAGUAAAAAGGUUGCACUGUCGCU